GAUGGAGCGGCAGGCCGCGGCUAUGGGGGAGACGCCCAGGUUCUACUACGUCUACAGCUGCCAGCUCGACAGACACGUGCGGAUCAAGAUAGGCAGCCUGGAAGGGAAGAGAGAGCAAAAGAGUUACAAAGCUGUGCUGGAAGAUCCUAUGUUGAAGUUUUCUGGCUUAUACCAGGAGACGUGUUCUGACCUCUAUGUCACCUGUCAAGUUUUUGCGGAAGGAAAACCUCUGGCCUUACCAGUAAGAACUUCCUACAAGGCUUUUAGUACCCGCUGGAACUGGAACGAAUGGUUAAAGUUGCCCGUGAAGUAUCCCGACCUACCCAGAAAUGCCCAAGUGGCUCUGACGAUAUGGGACGUGUACGGACCCGGAAAAGCCAUCCCCGUAGGAGGGACGACUGUCUCGCUUUUCGGGAAAUAUGGCAUGUUUCGCCAGGGGAUGCAUGACUUGAAAGUGUGGCCUAAUGUAGAAGCUGAUGGUUUGGAACCCACAAAAACACCUGGCCGGACGAGCAGUACACUGUCGGAGGAUCAGAUGAGCCGACUAGCUAAGCUCACCAAGGCUCACCGACAAGGCCACAUGGUGAAGGUCGACUGGCUGGACAGACUGACUUUCAGAGAAAUAGAAAUGAUCAACGAGAGUGAGAAACGAAGUUCUAACUUUAUGUACUUGAUGGUUGAGUUUCGCUGUGUCAAGUGUGAUGAUAAGGAAUACGGAAUAGUUUAUUAUGAGAAGGAUGGUGAUGAGUCAUCUCCCAUUUUAACAAGCUCUGAGAUUGUUAAAGUUCCAGAUCCACAGAUGUCUAUGGAGAACUUGGUGGAAAGCAAACAUCACAAGCUUGCCCGGAGUUUGAGAAGCGGCCCUUCGGACCACGACCUCAAACCGAAUGCUGCCACCCGAGAUCAGCUUAACAUCAUAGUGAGCUAUCCCCCAACCAAGCUACUGUCAUAUGAAGAACAAGACUUAGUUUGGAAGUUUCGCUACUACCUUACUAAUCAAGAGAAGGCUUUGACUAAAUUUUUGAAGUGUGUUAACUGGGACCUGCCUCAGGAAGCCAAACAAGCUCUGGAACUUUUAGGGAAAUGGAAGCCGAUGGAUGUGGAAGAUUCUCUGGAGCUGUUAUCUUCCCACUUCACCAAUCCAACAGUGCGGCGCUACGCGGUUGCCAGAUUGCAGCAAGCGGAUGAUGAGGAUUUGUUGAUGUACCUCCUGCAGCUGGUCCAGGCCCUCAAGUAUGAGAACUUCGAUGACAUAAAGAGUGGAUUAGAGCCCAGUAAGAAGGACAGUCAAGGGUCAAUGUCAGAGAGCAUGUCAGCAUCCGGAGCAGGUUCUGCAGAAAUCGAAAGCUCCCAGAUAAUAACCAGUACUCUUCCUCAAGUAUCUUCCCCUCCUCCUCCUGCAUCAAAAUCGAAGGACUCUGCAGAUGGUGAAAAUCUGGAGCAAGAUCUCUGCACCUUCUUGAUAUCCAGAGCCUGCAAAAAUUCAACAUUGGCCAACUAUUUAUACUGGUAUGUGAUUGUCGAAUGCGAAGACCAAGAUACCCAGCAGAGAGACCCUAAGACUCAUGAAAUGUACCUGAAUGUAAUGAGAAGGUUCAGUCAGGCAUUAUUAAAGGGUGAUAAGUCUGUCAGAGUUAUGCGGUCUUUGCUGGCUGCUCAGCAGACGUUUGUAGAUCGGCUGGUUCAUCUAAUGAAAGCAGUGCAGCGUGAAAGUGGAAAUCGUAAAAAAAAGAAUGAGAGGUUGCAGGCCUUGCUGGGAGACAAUGAGAAGAUGAAUUUAUCCGAUGUGGAACUCAUCCCAUUACCUUUAGAGCCCCAGGUGAAAAUUAAAGGGAUCUUCCCAGAGUCGGCUACUCUGUUCAAGAGUGCUCUUAUGCCUGCCCAGUUGUUCUUCAAGACGGAAGACGGUGGUAAAUAUCCAGUUAUAUUUAAACAUGGAGAUGAUUUACGCCAGGAUCAACUGAUUCUUCAAAUCAUUUCACUCAUGGACAAGCUACUCCGGAAAGAGAAUCUGGAUUUGAAGUUGACUCCGUAUAAGGUGCUAGCUACAAGUACAAAGCAUGGUUUUAUGCAGUUUGUUCAGUCGGUACCAGUUGCAGAAGUUCUUGAUACUGAAGGAAGUAUUCAGAAUUUUUUCCGAAGACACGCACCCAGUGAAAAUGGACCGAAUGGAAUAAGUGCCGAGGUUAUGGACACUUAUGUUAAAAGCUGCGCUGGCUACUGUGUGAUUACAUACAUACUUGGAGUUGGUGACAGGCAUCUGGAUAACCUUUUGCUGACUAAAACAGGUAAACUUUUCCAUAUAGAUUUUGGAUAUAUUCUGGGUCGGGACCCAAAACCUCUACCACCUCCAAUGAAGCUGAAUAAAGAGAUGGUGGAAGGAAUGGGAGGAACCCAGAGUGAGCAGUAUCAAGAAUUCCGGAAACAGUGUUACACAGCUUUUCUACACCUUCGCAGGUAUUCCAACCUGAUUUUGAAUCUGUUCUCCCUCAUGGUGGAUGCCAACAUUCCAGAUAUUGCUCUUGAGCCGGACAAGACUGUCAAAAAGGUGCAGGAUAAAUUCCGUCUGGACUUGUCUGAUGAAGAAGCGGUGCAUUAUAUGCAGAGCCUGAUUGAUGAAAGUGUCCAUGCUCUCUUUGCCGCAGUGGUGGAACAGAUUCACAAAUUCGCUCAGUACUGGAGAAAAUGAAGCUGCAAGAAAUGCCUCUUGAGAAACAACCAGGAUAACAGCUCGAGAAAGAGAGUAUUUCAUCUUUGGAGAGUAGUGUCCCCUCUGCAUCAAGUGCUUCCUGGAACACCAUUGUCCUGCAGACACUUGUGAGGAUUUUGUUUCAAAAUAUUGUAUAUAUUUAUUUUCUACUAUAUAUUGUUAAUGGGAUGUGAAAGUAAACGAGGGACUUGCUCCGUUGCCAUUUAAGUUGCAGGAGAUUCCCUGAAGAGUUAUUUACCUGCCACUUAAAUGAGAAAGCUUUUUACUCCAGGGAUUCAGAAACCUAUGCCCACUCAUGUCCUUAGUGCCAUACCUGGUCACAAAUACCUGUGAUCAUCAGAAGAUACUUCUCUUUUGUUUAAGGAACUGUAUUGCAGAGCCUUGAAGAAAACAAGUUUCUUUGGAAUUCUCCAUCAACACCUAAAAUAAAAGUUUCCCAUUUCACAUAUGGCCAUUUCCCAGGUUGGGAAAGGGUUUCAUUGGAAAAAGGCACUAAUUUCCUCUCUACUUAGAAAGGGGUAUUUUAAUAAAUACAGAUCCCAGGUCAGGCGACGUGUGUAUGUAAAGUGGGAUUGAGAAGUACAAUUAGAUGACUAGCUAGUCAAAAGGUAGUGAGAGGGUAGCUAUCACUCCCAAGGGAUUUUCUGCAUAACCUGUAAACAUGGAUUCUAAUAAAUCAUCCACGGAUACAA